GGGCGGGGCGGGAGAACGGCCGGAACAGAGAGGGCACGGGCGGGGCCCAGCGCGGAGGCGGGCGGGGCUCUCCUGUUCUCCCUGGUUCUCCCCGGUGGUUCCGAGGCGCGAUGAUGCUGCCGGAGCCGCAGGCGGGCUCCGGCUCGCCGGACUGCCCUGACCUGCUGCAGCACGUCCCGGCGCUGCGCUCGCCGUCCACCCCGCUUUACCUCAGCUUCUUCGAGGAAGAGUGUCGCGCCAUCGCCGCCCGCCUGCGCCUCGGGGCGGCCGCGGAGCCCUCGCCGGGCCUGGGAGAGCUCAGCGGGCUGCAGCCCAAGCCCCCCGGACCCGCCACCUCCACGCCGCUGCCCUUACCGAGCCACGGGCGGGUCCCAGACUCGAGCGCGGGCGAUUUCGAGGCCUCUGCUGCCCCUGGCCCGGCCCCGGCCCCAGGGGAGCCCGGGUGCCUCCCGCAGCCCGCGGCCGGCGGUGGCCCCGGCGCCUGCCCCGCUCGCCCGCCCGCUCUGUCCCGGCGGGCGCGGCGCAGUCGCGGACAGCUCUCCGGCGGCGGCCCCGGCACCCCUGCCCGCUCCCCGGGCCGCGGCCGCGCCAGGCUUGCUCUCCCCCACACACGGGCGUGGCUGGGGCUGCAGGUCCCCGCGGCCGGCACGGGGCGCGGCGCCUGGGAAACGCGGCUCCUGCGGCCCCCAGGGACCAGGCUGAAACUGACAUCGCCUGCCAGGUCCAGGCUUCAACGUGCUAGCGGGGCUUCGCAGCAGGCACAGCUUUCCAGCCUUCCCAAACUCGCCCCCCGGGACAGAGGGAAGAAAAGUAACUCUGCCCCUGCCAGUUGCCUCGCGCGAAGUAGGGAAGCACCUGCUGCCAAGGUUGGGAGUGGUAAACAACCCUCCUCAAAGCUUUCUACAGGAAUUCCUGCUGUGGCUUCCCGCUCCUCACUGCGGCCUCUGGAAAAAGUAAUUUCGUCCAGGCAUUUUUGCCUCAAUCAAGAAUCAACUACAGAGGAGGUGGUGUGCAAUAGGACCCGAGAGCUGAAGGAAAAUGAUGAGAGCAAAGAAAGCCUGGUUGCAGCAAGCAUUGUCUUGGGAGCAGGUAGAAAUAACCAGACCUGGGAGUAUGUGGAGUCCUCUUUGUCCAGUGAGUUGUCCCCUGGCCUGACUUCAGGGUGUAAAGAUGUAGUCCCUGCUGAGCAGUCUGCAGGUGAUCAGCUGUCCCAGGAACUGGAGCGUGUGAAGAAAGAGCUGGAAAGAGUGAAGGGCGAGCUUGCUGACAAGACUGCCCAGUGUGAAGUCUAUCAGCAGACAAUCUCCUCCUUGCAGGCUCAGCUCAGAGCAGCAGGGCUCAGGUGUUGACUGCCAGAAGCUCUACUGCUUUGAUGUUGCUUCCCAGGAAUCUGUCUGAAAGAUGCAGCAGUGUUUGACAGUGGUGACCUGGGAAGAGACUGACAGCUGGGACAUGGGGACAAACAGCCACUGUCCAGCUGUGCGAGCUCCUGGGCCAGUGGUAUAUGUGGAGCUCUUGAAUAAAUUAAUUUUUAACCCUUUGUAUCUAAAAUAAAGGUGUCUUUUGCA